AUGAAAUAAAGAUAUAUCAUUACUUAAAAGGAAGGGAGAUAUGAAGAUAGAGAGAAAUUUAAAAUUCAUAAUAGAAUCAUUUCAUAAAAUACCACCAAAAAUAAAAGUGAACUAAUAUAUAAUAGUUUAGGAUUAAUUAUCUAUUAUAAUGAGUAAGAAUCUGAUUGCAAGAGGAUUGAUGUGCAAUUUAAGGAAUUUAAUUCUAUAAAAAAAACUGCUGCUAUUGAUGAUGGACUUAAAAUUAAAGAAAUAUAAAUCAAUAAGUCUUAAGGAGGGAAUAUAGAUUAGAACACAAUAAGUAAAUAUUGA